AUGACAACGAGCUCAAUACCUUCAGGAAACAGUACUGAUAAUGGAACAGCUCCUGAGCCACCAGUGGUGCAACCCCCAGAACCUUCAGGAAACAGUACUGAUAAUGGAACAGCUCCUGAGCCACCAGUGGUGCAACCCCCAGAGCCUUCAGGAAACAGUACUGAUAAUGGAACAGCUCCUGAGCCACCAGUGGUGCAACCCCCAGAACCUUCAGGAAACAGUACUGACAAUGGAACAGCUCCUGAGCCACCAGUGGUGCAACCUCCAGAGCCUUCAGGAAACAGUACUGACAAUGGAACAGCUCCUGAGCCACCAGUGGUGCAACCCCCAGAGCCUUCAGGAAACAGUACUGAUAAUGGAACAGCUCCUGAGCCACCAGUGGUGCAACCCCCAGAGCCUUCAGGUAACAGUACUGAUCCUGAUGCAACACAGAUGCCAACCUCAGCACCUACAGUGGACUUUUGCCAUGGAGAUCCUUGUGGAAGAAGUUCAGCUACGUGUAUUUCCUUACAAAGAAAUUAUACCUGUGUGUGCAAAUAUGGAUACUACUACAGCAAUGAGAAUUGUUACAAAGGGGAAGUAUUCCCAGCCACCAUUGCAGUGAACAUACCUUACAGUGAUAAUCUUGAAAUUGUAAAUUCCACAGAGUAUCAAGAACUUUUCAACGAUGUAUCAGAAUUUUUUAGAAAGGCCUUCGAAGAUCUACAAGGCUAUGUAGAAACUGUCAUCAAGAAAAUUCAACGUCCAACUCAAAACAGAAAUUCUGCUCCAGGACUGAAUGUAACAGUGACAAACGUGUUCAAAGAGAACUCCAAUGAAACUACAGCUGCAGUUAACAAUGCAGUACAAAAUGCAAUCAAGAGUGACCACUCCUUUGUCAAUUCUUAUGAGGCGACAAGCCACUGUGCUGUUUAUGAAUGUGAUCUUAAAACCACAGUGUGUGAAGGGCAAGAGUUUCCAGAAUGCAAAUGCAAACCUGGUUUAGAAAAGACACAAUGGGAUGAUCGUUCUUGUUCAGUUUGCAGCAAAAACUGUUCUGCAGAAAACCACAAGUACUGUGUACAAGAAGAAGAGGGUCCAACAUGCAAAUGUAUGAUUAACUUUAAAACUGAGGCUGGAAAAUGCGUGGCUUGUUCAGUGGGCUACUCUGGGGAGGAAUGCACUGACAACAGUGAACUCAUCCUUAUAAUAGUGGGCACAGUGCUCGGAGCCAUUGUCCUGAGUUUACUGAUUGCAGUCUCUGUUAUUUCAGUCAGAGCAAAGCACAAACAAAAUCCAGAGAAGAGGAGCCUGAUCAAGUCAGGGUAUUCUGACAUGAACAUCUCUGAUGACAGACCAAGCAUGUUCCCCAGGGUCCAGACCACCUCUGGCUAUGGAAACCCAGGAUAUCAGCCCAACAACCCCUAUGAGAUGCGUUCCACAAACAGAGAUCGUUUUCCAGAGAGGGAUUAUGAUGAUUUGUAUGAAGUAUCACGGGAGCCCUCGGGCUUUAGGACACAGAGCAGAUAUUGAGUGACCAGAGCAGUAGAAGGAUGGAUGAGCACCACAGCCCUGGGUCAGAGCAAAGAGUUCCACAGCCUCUCAC